CUCUGCAACUAAAUUCUAAACAAGGCAAACCCCUCACAUUUCUCCUGCACCACUUCCUCAUAUAUCCCUUCGACCUAUCCAUUAAAGAUCAAGAAGAACGUCAAUAAGUUCAGACACUUUAGAUCAUUUGAAGUUUGUCUGAAAAUGUCUUUACCUCCAGUGCUCCUACUUAUGGCUCUUCUCAUGGUUGCAAUCACAGCUCCGAUCAACAGCUCGACCACUUCAAAGAAGCUCAAUGAUCAGUUAUCCGUGCCUGAGGCUGGGACACCCGUAACAGGAAUCAAGUGUACGACGUGCUCUUGUCAGAACCCAUGUAACAAACUUACUCCACCACCACCACCACCACCGCCGCCUCCGUCUCCUCCUCCUCCUCCAAGUUAUCAAACUCCAACGAGCCCAUCCAUGCAGUACUGUCAUAAACCACCGCCGCCACCACCAUUUUAUUACGUAACAGGUCUGCCUGGGAGUUUAUAUUCCGUUGAUCCAGACUAUUCUGGUGCAGGUCAGGAUUUUCUUUUUGGCUCAGUGGUUUUAGUAGGAUUUCAGUUGCUAGCCAUGUUGGUUCUUUGGAGAAUGUGAGGGGCUACACACAGUAUAGACCUUAAACUUUCAUGGGUUGAUGAAUUAAGAAUUUUCCUGGUUCUAAGGUGAAUCUAAUUGUUAGGUUGGUACUUUGGUUUGCACUGUAAACUAUAAUUAUUUUACAAUUUUAUCACUCUUUAGCUGUUUGUUGUGUCA